GUUGAUACAAACCAUAAUCUACUCGAGUACGUUCUCACAUCACCAAACAAGCGAAUGAUGCAAGAAGAAAAAUUAGACAAAUGACCCCCCGCGCAAACCUCUCCCUCUCGGAAGUAAUUCUGGGCGCACUUUUCCUGUCCCUAACGGCAUACAACAUAUCCCGAACACCACGGGAGACGGGAUGGUGGUACAUUGCCGUUUUCUGCCUCUUCAGAAUAGUCGGCAGCGCCCUCCUACUAACCAUCACGCUCGAGCAAGCAGAUACAAAUAAAUCACUCGUCAUCCCCGCGACCGUGUUCUCCGGAAUCGCGGUGUCGCCGUUACUAGCCGCCUGUCUAGGGUUUUUGAAUUCCUGCACCCAGCAUUUGUCAACGAUCUACCAUCCCAUCCUCCGACUACUGACCCUGAUACAUUUACUCGUGCUCGUGGCACUAGUGCUUAAUGCCGUCGGCGGGGUGUUGGUCCCCCUCCAUUCCACCCCCUCACCCUCUCCGUCGGCGAUCACUUCCCUGAACCAGGCAAUCACAUACGCCCGUGCGUCAUCGCUUCUCUUCCUCACGGCCUGGACGUUCAUCCUCCUAUCCUUGAUCAUUCUGUACCGCCAUUGGCGGGCCUUCGCGUGGACCGCUAGAGUGUUUUAUGUAGCGGUGUUGAGUGGUAUGCCAUGUUUGCUCGUCAGGAUUUUGUAUGCGGUCCUGGCGGCGUGGGAUUUGGGGAAGGGGGGUGUGGUGACGCCUGGGGGAGGGAGUCGGUAUGGGGUUUUGAAGGGGGAUGUGGGCGUGUUGGUUGGCAUGAGGGUUUGUAUGGAGUUUUUGGUGGUUGCGGAGUGGGUAGCUGCGGGGGCUCUAGAGUGGUGGUGGGGAGAGGUGAUGAGGGAGGAGGAGAGUGGGGGGGCGAAGGCGGUUUGAGAAGGGGGGGAACUGUGGGGGGGGUUGAUCUCAUUCCGUUCGUGAUAUGAUUGCCUUUGGGAUCAUUGGAUAGAUUCGGCGCCCUGGGAGUUUUUUUUUUUUUUUUGAUACCCCUUUCUCAAGGGAUAACUAUAACUACAAUAUCAUGGGGAUUAUUAGAUGAGGAAGCCAAAUAAGUAUCAUACGUACAGUACUAGUACAAAAACCUACCACAC